GUCGCAAUGCGGUUCUAGUCGUCUAGGUCCGGAUGAAUAUCAUAGCUUUGUAGAAUUAACGCAGAUGUUCCGUUUACAGUGUCAAUAAUGCUAGUGCCGUUUAUUCAAUUGACAGUUGAACGUAGCAAGUAGUGAUGUAUGUUGCGUAGACAUCGACGGAGACAUGGCACUGAGCCGCAAGAAACAGAGAAUGAAGCAGCCCGACUGGUUGGAAAAUGGGGAAGGGCAUUACAAGACUCGAACGUUUGUGUUUCAGUCUCACAAGGAAUCUUUAACGGUGAAAAUAACGGAGAUGCUGGAUCCCAGCUACGGAAUGUACGUGUGGCCCUGUGGUCCGGUUCUGGCGCAGUAUCUCUGGUUCCACAGAGAACACAUCAAAGGGAAAAGGGUCUUAGAACUGGGUGCAGGCACAGGGUUGCCUGGAAUCCUGGCAGCACUCCUGGGCUGCCGUGUGACUCUGUCGGACAGCGCCACGUUGAGUCACUGCUUGCGCCACUGCCAGCGAAACGUGGAGGCCAACGGACUCACUCCUGCUGAGGUACCCGUUGUGGGUAUUACCUGGGGACUCUUCAGUCCCGCGCUCUUUCAACUAGGACCCAUUGAUAUCAUCCUCGGCUCGGAUUGCUUCUACGACCCUAAAGACUUUGAAAACAUUGUGGUGACCGUGUCAUAUCUCCUGCACCAGAAUCCUCACGGCCGCUUCUGGUGCACUUACCAGAUCCGAAGUGCUGAACACUCGUUGGAGACCUUGCUGAAACAGUGGAACCUCGUCUGCGUGCAAGUUCCGCUGGACAACUUUGAGGCGGACUCUACCAACCUGGCAGGAUCAGGGUUGCCCGGCGCGCACACGAUCGAGAUGCUGGUCAUGAGUGUGGACACGACGGUGGAGCCGUCAGCGGCCUCCGCGGCGGACAAGGCCAAGACCUGAGUGCCACGGUAGAGUAAGCUAAAAGUGUGAACCGACAAAGCAGGGUUGCCCCGAUUGGGUCAUCUGUCGACGCAAAGUAUGAGGCGGUAUAUCAGAGUGGUAUGUUAUCCCAUUUUCAGUUUGUGCCUUGAACUCCUCUAUCUUGGACAUUAUCACCUUUUGCAAUGCCGGGCAGCCUCCUGAAGUGCGGCUUUGGCCAAUGUCGGGAGCUGCGCGGUGAGGCUUCUACACCAGAGCGUUUUCCGGAUUUAUAAGGUGCGGCGAGACGAUUUCAGUAAGCAUCGUUAAUACUAAAUUAACGGAAGUGAUCGUAUCGGAAUAGAACUACCGAAGUACGUACAGGGUUCAGGUAUUGCAGCUCGGUAAUUCUGUAUCGUAGCUUGACCUCCGAAAGUGGCUUACCGUCUGCACGUACUUACGCGUAUUUGCUGCAGCAACAAGGUGGGAGCAGCCAUAGUUGGUACGGAUACGUUGAGGCUAGAAGUGUCUACAAGAAGAACGUCUGGAAGGUGUUGGCUUUUGUUGGUCCACUCUGCAGCUCAGUCCAACAGGCUCGGCAUUACACGUCGACAUUAGCCACGGCUGCUCUUUGAAGGCGGAGCAUUUAGGACACUUUAGGUCUCUUCAAUUUAACUGCACUUGCCGCACUAGUUCCGUAAAGUUCAACAGUGGUGCCGUGAGUGUGCUGUGCCAGUUCAGACAGUCCAAGUGCAGUUCCGAGAGUAGUGCUCCACGACCUCUUCCGAAACAAUUGAGCUCCGUGCCAUCACCACCAUUCUGCUCCUUUCGCUUGCACUGUUGGUUUUUUUACUGGAAGUGCUUGUCUCGUACGAUCGUGACAUCCCUUCCUACGCCACCAGUGCGAAUCCGCAUUACCGUCUUCUCGACAUAGUUGCACUCUUGCCAUACUUUCUAUCCAGCGGCUGGCUGGCUGCGGACUCCAGGAGUGUACAUAUACGCUUUUAGAAAACGAAUAGGAUAAUGCCAACGCCACCUAGAUAACAGAAGACCUGCUCACUGCCUCCUCUCCCUCCUGCGAUUAAGAGUCAGAAUCCGUCUGCUACCGCGAUUCACCGUCCCGCGAAUUCAAGAACCCGCAAAUGAUUGCAGCUCACCUGGAACCUGCAGACCUUAAUAUUUAGACAAAAAGUGCGAGACGAUUUCCAGAAAAUCAGUUUUGAGAGAGAUUUAGACCUUUUUUUGCGCUUUAUUUCCAAGUUUUCCCAUUUAGUACGCGGGUACGUUCAAUCACAACUUGCAGACGACGGUGGUUCGUCUUCGUGGCCACGGCCUCUGAGAGCACGUUCGUGAUUGGCUGCGGCCAUUGAAAACACGAUCCUCAUUGGCUGACUCUUAAUUGUUACGUCAUGGCGACGGGUACGCAGGCUUUCUUUAUCUAUGUGGUGCUGGUACAACCCCGUUUACAACAGAACAUUACAGAGGGGGAUCACUCUUUGCUGUCGCGCUGGAAGGGUCUCCGUCAUUCGAAAGCACCUUCAUGCCCCUGAUUAUCGCACCCAAGUGUCAUUCACUGCUGCAGCAAGCGCUAGUUAGUUUGCUAGUAACGCAAUGCCUGCGCACGCAGUUAGGUUGCCGAGCCUUAGGUUUAUAUGCCGCGAAUCUUUCCUGGGGGACCUACAUGCACAGUAGCUGGUUGUAUGAAGCUCGAGAAAGGCGUGGAUGUAAUUGGUGUCCCCAAGGAUGGUAAGUUCCUUGAAGGUGCUGCAGAAGGCUAAUAAAAGUAUGGAACGGGAGCAGACACAGAAUAAAAUCUGACACGUAAUUAGACUCUUACGUUUUGGGGGUUUUACGCUUUUUUGAAAGUCCGGUUUUAUUUGGGGGGGCUCACAAAAUGGAUGGUGUCGGGUGGAAAAUAAAAACGAAAAGGUGCUCCUCACGUUUCAGAUUAACACAAGACGGUGAGGAGCUGUGCUCACUGUGCAGUGCUUAGCAUUCUCGAGUGCCAGUAUUGGCAGCUGAAUUUGCACUUUGUCAAGUUCUUUUUUUUUCUUUAUUUGGGGGGGGGGGGGGAACUUAAAGCGACUGUCGCUUCUGUUUCAGUCCAUUUCGAAACUAUAGUGUUUUGAAAUGCAGACGAUUGUGCGUAUCAUCCUUUGUCUGGUCUUGUCCUUUUGUGUUCUUUUGUUUUGUUUUUUUUACGUACUCACUGUCUGCAGUACCCUUAAGAAACUUAUGAUCAUACCUUACUUCUAAUUGCAGGCAAUCCUAUAAGAAGGCCUGUACGUUUCAGUACUGAGGAAAUGUGGGCCUUGUACAACACACUAUUGCAGAUGUUGGCAGGUGAACUUUGUGGUCCCGUAUCUGCUCUUACGACAGCAGUAUGUGUUGUGUACAAACUGUUAACUUAUCUUUUUUGCAUAUAUCUACCGCAGAGAGCUUCGAAACCGUAGUGUUUUGAGAAAUGCCUCUCCACACUUUCCUUCUCGCAGGUCGCCACAUUUUCUCGUUGUUGUACCAUAUUGAUUCGAGCGUGGGCCCGCACACUCUUCAUUCUCCUCUCGCAGCUUGCGGUUGUGUCGACAUCCGACAAACGUCGGUAGUCUCACAUCGGCUGGACGUUGGUCGAACAUUCCUCUGAUCGCAAGUUGUGGUAGGACAACUAGAAUGGUUGGGCUCAGUUUCGGUAUCUAGCUAUAUCUGACGUCAAAAAGAAGUCUGACCAUUUUAAUUCUUCUUUUACAACUUCCGAUACCAGGAAUGUCCAGCCGAAGUCCAGCUUCGGACAUUCAUCGAAUGUUGAUAUGAAGGUGUGGUAAUUUUCCAUUACUGCUCGCACUUUGAUUGUGACAGCACCUGCUGGACACUGAACUUGUGAUAUCGGGGGGAUACCAUUCCCACCACUGUUUUGUGCCAAAUUAAGGCUGGUGGAAGUAUUAUCUUGUAAACGUCUGUCCUUCACUUCUAUUUUAUAGCCGUGAAAUCUCUCCGUUAAGUAUAGUGCACUAAUCUCGUACGUACGGUAAUUUGAUACCAAUUUUUAAAAUUUAAUUCCUGCUGCCAGUGUUGUCUGUUUCAAUAAUGUGUGUCUUACUGUUCCACGUGUACAUACUGAAAGUUUAGGACCUCCCUUCUUUGUCUGCAAACAUGUGCAUCAGAUUUUUGCUGCUUGUUUGUGGCACAUCCCAGCUUUUUGCACUUUCGGCUUGGCUUGGCUUAGCUUGGCUUUGCUUGGCUUGGCCUCUCCAUCUGUCACUGGACAUUUUUCUGAGUAAUUUAAUACUGUUGUCAAUAUGAGCCCCAUACACCGGAGGUCGUGCAUGUCCUUUAACCACGAUCAACUGCCAUUGGAGGGUUAGGGAGACACUACCUGCGAGCAGUUGAUACCAUCUCUAAUGAGGUCUUUAGAGGGACAAAAUUUUUUUCAAAAAUUUUUUUCAAAAAUCUUGGGGUCAUCAGUUUCUGGGGUUCGGAACUUUAUCUGGCACAUUCUUCAGCAACACCACAUUGCACUCUUUGCACGCGCCAAAUUUGCGGAUCAGAAUGAUGAUGAUGAUGAUGAUGUUGGCUAUGCCCUUUGUAUCGGGCAGACAACGCCGAGGUUAAGCGCAUCCCAGCCGGAAAUAGUAACUAGUGCACGUAGAGCCCAGUGUGGCUGGACGCAACAUUUUGAUACACGUGCGGUUCUCCCCAAUUUAAAAAAUUUGGAAUUGGAAAUUGCAAAAGUUUUUCAGUCUUGUUACACUUUAGAAAGUUUGCUCAAAGUCCCCAUAAAAAUCUUCACUAAACUAAAAACUAACCAAACUUAAAGAAAUUUUUGCCACGGGUGCAAAAUAUUCGAGAUUUUUCGAGCAGCCCAGUCAUCGAGAUACAUUACCAAAAGCUUACUGGAUGGCUAUGCGAAGGGGUUUUGAGUUCCAAGUCCAAACUAGCCUUUGGUACCCAAGCUUACAUUGCUCACACAUCCCUCAGCUCGAAACACUGCAAAGUACCCGGGGGACCACGUGUGGGGAGCCCAGUUUUUUGCACGGCACUUCUUUGCUCCGUCCUUAUCUCCUUUUUCUGAACACAUGUUGCUUGUCUACUUUUAUGCUCACAGCCUCUGCAGUCAGAUAUUUCUGCAUCGCACUUGACCUCGUUUAGAGCUGUACAUAUUCCAGCAGGGGCAACAAGGGGGAGGGCGAUUAAAAAAGCGUCAGGUGAGGAUUAAUCGACAGCUGGCACCCGUGACAGUGACGUCGUACGUGUAAGAAUGUUCUUUUGUUACGUUUUGCCUUAUGUGAUCCGUGAGAAUUCAGGAUCUUCGAGGCACUCGUAACCAUUUUUCAACCACAAAAAAUGUACGGAGAGAACACAUGCAUGAAGAAUGUGCACUUGAGCAGUCCAAAAACGUUUUUUGUUGUUGUUUUGUGCCUAAGGGUUUUAUGCCAUUAUGCAUGCACCUGGUCAGUUAUACACACAUUUCUACAAAUCUUUAUAGAAUCUUCUAUCAUUGUUACAUUGACACAAUUCUUUAAAAUAUUUUUUGUAUUUUUUUCUGUUUUCAUGUUGUUUUUUGUUGUGUUUCAUUUCACAUUCACAUCAUUUGUACUUCACACAUACCAUAUCUUAACUUAUUUGCACUCGUGCUGUAUCCUACGUUGGUUUCACAUUCCAUUUCACAUUGUCUUCACAUAGCUGUUGUAUUUCACAUUCUUCUUGCACUCAUAUUGUAAUUUAUAUUGAACACAUCCACAUUCAAGGUGGAGCUUUUGGAGCUUCUGACCCUGUAGUCCGGAGGAGGCAUCAGUUGUGCUAGAGCGCUAACAUGUGGUGGUCCAGAUCUGUAGUUCCCGACGUACACUACCUGACGUAACCCACUAUCUUGUCAAUGCAAGCUGCACUCUUAUACAGGAACACGUGAGGCGACCUCGGCAAUACCAAGCCCCUCUGCGGAUAUCCAGAAACUUUGUUGAGAACCUAGCCUAGACACUCCAGUCUAAUAUACAUUUAGUGUCAUCAUUGAAACAGUUUAUACAGCAAUUUUGGUAUUUUUAAAGGAACGACAUAUCACGAAAGAUGCAAUCGGAAAAAGAACAUACGAGAGCAGCGCUUUCUCUUUGCACGUCCUUUGAUAAGUGUGCCCUGGGUCAUCACUUUAAGCCGUUAUUAGCGUAAAAAAACUCUGUUAGGCUGAGAUAGGUAGGCAGAAGAUUGAGAAGACAGCUUCGCAGCCAGUAAUGAAGUAGUGCCAGCACGGUAUGUAGCUUGCACAGCAUCUAUAUCAAGCUAGGUUAACAUACUUAGAAGAAUACAUACACACACAGAGAACGAAAGCACCUGACACUCUUAAGCUCACAGCACUGUCUUCAAACCUUCUCAAUAACUCAUUUUUAUCGGAUGAUCAUUUGUGCCCUUUAGAACAGCCUCACUGCAUGUAGAAUGCCUUCAGUCUGGUUUCGAUGGUCGUACCAGUCGGUCGGCUCGAAUUGUUGUACGCUUCCACACUACAAAGUGAUUCCAAAGACGUCUGUAAUCCUUUAAAAUGACGUGUACGACAAGCGCGCUCGCAAACGGCUCAACUGAUGAACCGUUGAUGAUGACGGCUCAACAGGUGACCCGUUCUGCAGUAGUCUAGUCAGUGUGCACCCUGCUCCAUGGACCUGUUUGCCUACCAUGAAUGAUCUCUUCUACCAGGCAUUGUGCUCUCAAGUACUGGGUGUCCAAAGAGAUACUUCACAGUUGUUGCGUUGUCUACUUACCUUGCAAUGGCAUUAACCUCGUCCUGGUUGCUUUAUGAGGUUAUUAUGGGUUGAAAAUGAGUUAUUUGUCGAGUUUUGACCCUCGAAAGGUAAGUAGACGUUGCAAGCGGCGAAGAAAUAACUGUAGUAGCAUCUCUGCAGACACCCUGAAGAGCUGGUGGUGUUUCUGGAACAUAUUAUGUCAUCCCGCUGUAUUUACUCGCAUAAUUAACUCAACCAACUUGGGCGCUGUGGUAUCAGAAGAGAGUAAAGUUUGGGAAUGGAAUGAGGCCGGCUGGUUCGUCAACGAUGUACAACACGUUGGAAUACACCACAGGCACCCGAAUGUUGAUACUUUCUCCGCGUAUAUUUCACGCGCCGACUUAAGGCAGGAGAAAGACACCCAAGACUGGCACCGCCGGCAAGUUCCACUGCAGCACAACCCCACCCCCCCCACCCCCACUUCCACCUGUGGCGCUACGUCUUUGGGUUUAAAGAGUGCGUUAAUUAUGCGAGUAAACAUAAUUGUAAAACCCUGACCAUGGGCAGACUCUGAACCAGGGAUCGGAACUGAAACUUGAACCCGAACAGAAAACCGCUAAAAACCUGGAUUUUUUGCUGAACCAGAACCGAACAGAACCAAAAUAUUUUUUUCUUCGCAUUGAACCGAACCGGAACUGAACUGAAAACAAUUUAGGCAGUUACCGGUUCGCGAAACGGUUCAGUUGUAACGUGCGUUGUGAAAGAUUGGAACUACGACUUACACAGCGGAUUGAGCCGCACUGCCAAAAAAAUUCGAAACCGAAACUGAGCAGAACAAAACUGCAAUCCAGGUGCGCGAGGUAUUUCGUAUUUCCUCCUCACAGCUGUUGCACAGUUAUUGCGUUAGUUCAGUUGUGUUAGUGAGGCGGUGCUUUAUUUCACCAGCUGAGGAACACCGAUCAUUUAUCGGGUACUUCAGACACCAAAUAUAAGCGAAAUGACAUUCUAAACACAAUUGCGCUGGAGAUCAUUCCAUGGCGAGUCAAAUUUCUUGCUCCCAAAGGAGAAAAGGUAGCGUCUGACUGCGCUCUCGGGAAGGCUCCGUUUGGGCCAACGGGCCUGAGCCAACAGUGAGCGUGGCACGCUAUGUAAUGUUAGGGUUUUUUCCUGGGUUUUCCUCAGACACUGUUAGGCAUACGUCAGCACAGUUCCCUUAGAAGUCGGCCCAGGACGCACAUUCCCCCAGAGCGUUAGUCGUGACGUUGCCCACCUCUGUGAGGCCGACAACGGCGAGCUCUUUCAGCACUUCAAGCAAAAACAAAAUUCAGCAAAAUUCACUUCGCUGAACCGGUUUAAAGCGGUUCGAACCGAUAUUUUGCGUUGCUCCGGAGCUGAACCCGAACCGAACUCCCCAAAAAAUAACGGUUCCGAUCCCUGCUGAAAACACGACACAACACAGAUGACUCAGUGGUCGAUUGUUACGUGGCAUUUCUGUUACGUCGUGUUUUCCAUGUGCCCAAGUUUUUGCAAAGUACUCCCCAGAGUUCCUGCUCCAGGUUAGAGCACUGCACGGGCUGCAUUCUUGAGGCCUGCGCCCGACCCGGGCAUGGCCCAAGCCCGAAAAAUUUCUAGGUUUCCCGGCUCGGCCCAUUGUAGCAGGCUGUAAACGUUCACCGUGGCUAGCUAACAGUGGGGCAACACAGGCUCGAUCCCAAUCUAGGACCGGCAGUGUACCAGUCAGUGCCCGGCCCGGCCCAGGCCCACACAAAGAAGGCUUUACCCGACCCGGCAAGAGCCUGUGCAGCGCCCUACUCCAGCCACCCUGCACGUACGCGCGCCACCUUGCACGGUAAUUCGUGUCAUUCCAAGAAAAGAUGCCCCCCUUGUCUGCAUUUACAAGUACAGAAAGCGCUUCCACGACUUUUAGCGUGCGGUUCGAGUCUUUACGGAGAAGCCGUUUGUUACGCGUUCCGGCACUGUGACAUUUUGUGUGCACGGUUUUUGCCCGUUGUUCGCUUUUUGCCAAAGUACCGCUUUUUCAGACCACUUUUGAGAGUAUUAUCUAUGUGUGUUGCACGUCGUCGUAUCUGCGUGUGUCUCCCCCUAUGCAAUACCUUCAUGAAAACUUUCUCACUUUGUUCUCGCCUUCACGAGCGACCCUCGUCUCAAAGUUCCAACGUCUCUGCCAGUACGGUUGGAAGCUUUUGGGCAACUCGCCCACUUUUGUAUCUCGGAAGACACGCUGCAUGGUUUGUCGCAAAUUAACUUCCUCGUACGUUUAACUUCGGCAAACUCUUCUAAAAUUUAGUUUCGAAUCGGUCUUCUACAUCCAGUUCUUUUUGUUGUGCAAAUUAUUUUUUAAUACGAAAAAAUGAUGCAAUACAAUGUAACAGAAUUUGAUUGACAUGAGCCGACAUAUCAUCCACCGUAUCUCUGCUCAUGUUAGCUGGUCACUGAGCAUGUUUUCACUGGAUUCAGCAUACGUCUUGACUUGGCUUUGGUGCAGAAGAAUCCACCAUGAUAAGUAGGGUUCUGACUUUUCGGUGUUUUUGAUUUGGCAAAAGUCUGGAGGCGCGCACCGGAGCCCUCGAUUUCUGAAAAACUGGGAGUCUUCCGGAGGUUCUCCGAAAGGUAUCUCCGAAAAAGUCGAAAUUUUCCGGAAAUUGAAAACACCCCCCUUACCAUCACCAAAUGAAGACACCGAAAAGUUGGAACCCUACAUAUAAGUGGUUAUGUCAUCGAAGCAUUGCCAAACUCUCACCAAAGUGGAAGCAAUAUUUUUUGUCAAGUCCAUUUUGUCCUUGAUGCACAAAAGGUGAGAAAAAAAAUUGGUUUGGCAAAACGCAUCGUGCUGUGUUAAAAUUGAGCCACACAAGUAGUAGUACUUGCUUUUACGGCACUUUUGAAUGACAAGUUGCGAACAUUUUACCAUCAGCCUGAACGACAGUAUUUCCCCAAAAGCUUCUAACCUUACACCUUUUCCACGCUCAUGUUACAAAGUACUUUGAAUGUGUACCAUUUCACAUAGUUUAUGUACCUUUGGCAGGUUGUGACUUUCAUGUGCUACGUGACUUAACACUUUCCCGUCUACAGUUUGUUUCCGAGAAGCCCUGUGACGUCUUGUUGAGCGAUGUUCGUUGAUAAUGAUGAUGUUUGGCAACUGAUUAAAAAUGUUUAAAUUGGUUA